UUUCUCUUUGUCGGAGCAGCUCUGCUGUUUCCUGUGCGGUAGCUCCGGUUGCGGCGGAGCUGGUGGCAGCCCUGGCGGACUCAGGAGCGAUGGCAGCGACCGACAUAGCUCGCCAGGUGGGUGAAGGUUGCCGAACUCUCUCCCUGGCUGGACACGUGGGGUUUGACAGCUUGCCCGACCAGCUGGUGAAUAAGUCAAUCAGCCAGGGCUUCUGCUUCAACAUCCUGUGCGUGGGAGAGACAGGGUUGGGCAAAUCAACCCUCAUGGACACCUUGUUCAAUACCAAGUUCGAGGGGGAGCCAGCUACCCACACACAACCGGGUGUUCAGCUACGGUCCAAUACCUAUGACCUCCAAGAGAGCAAUGUGAGACUAAAGCUCACAAUCGUUAGCACUGUGGGCUUUGGGGACCAGAUCAACAAAGAGGACAGCUACAAGCCCAUCGUGGAAUUCAUCGAUGCCCAGUUCGAGGCCUACCUGCAGGAGGAGCUGAAGAUCCGUAGAGUGCUGCACACCUAUCACGACUCCCGCAUCCACGCCUGCUUGUACUUCAUUGCCCCCACUGGUCAUUCCCUGAAGUCUCUGGACCUAGUAACCAUGAAGAAGCUGGAUAGUAAGGUGAACAUCAUCCCCAUCAUUGCCAAAUCUGAUGCCAUUUCUAAGAGUGAGCUAACAAAGUUCAAAAUCAAAAUCACCAGCGAGCUUGUCAGCAAUGGGGUCCAGAUCUACCAAUUCCCUACAGAUGACGAGUCGGUGGCAGAGAUCAAUGGAACCAUGAACGGCCACCUGCCGUUUGCUGUCAUUGGCAGCACGGAAGAGCUGAAGAUUGGCAACAAGAUGAUGAAGGCGCGGCAGUAUCCUUGGGGCACGGUGCAGGUUGAAAACGAGGCCCACUGCGACUUUGUGAAGCUGCGGGAGAUGCUGAUUCGGGUCAACAUGGAGGAUCUGCGGGAGCAGACCCACACUCGGCACUAUGAGCUGUACCGCCGCUGUAAACUGGAGGAGAUGGGCUUCAAGGACACCGACCCUGACAGCAAACCCUUCAGUUUACAGGAGACGUAUGAGGCCAAAAGGAAUGAGUUCCUAGGGGAGCUCCAGAAAAAAGAAGAGGAGAUGAGGCAGAUGUUCGUCCAGAGAGUCAAGGAGAAAGAAGCGGAGCUCAAAGAGGCAGAGAAAGAGCUGCAUGAGAAGUUUGACCGGUUGAAGAAACUACACCAGGAUGAGAAGAAGAAGCUGGAGGAUAAGAAGAAAUCCCUGGAUGAUGAAGUGAAUGCUUUCAAACAGAGAAAGGCAGCUGCUGAGCUGCUUCAGUCCCAGGGUUCCCAGGCUGGAGGGUCACAGACUCUGAAAAGAGACAAAGAGAAGAAAAAUAACCUAUGGCCGUGUACUGAAUAGCAUUCCCCGCUACAGCUGGACUGGACUCCAUGUAGUCUUUUAAAGCCCAAGUUCUUAUUGUAACUGACAGCUUGGGCUGCCAGGCAGCCAGGCUCCCCCCCUUGCGAUGCACUAUCACUUCAAGACCCACCUCUUCUUUUUGAAUUCCACAACUUGCUCCUGCCUCCCAGGCCCACUGGCAUGGACCAAGACCACCACCUUCCUGUUGAUUUGAUUUGAUUUUUUGAGGUUGUUGUUGUUUUGACCACUCACUUUCAAACCACAAAAUCAAAUAAGGCUAUGUCAAAUGUUCAGGCCUUUUGGAAGUGUUGAGAAUUUGGGGGAAGGCCACUAAGUUCUCUCUUCAAUAAUAAUAAUUGGAAGCAAAAAGUAGAGAAAGUGAAAAGCAAACCUUUACACACGCUUUCUCUUCUCUGGUUGGCAAAGCCUAGAGUGCAGUUUUGAAGUGUAUUUUGUGGUGAGUUAGAAAGGAUAUUCUCAUUUUGAUUCACUGGUUAGUGGCCGGAGACAGGGAGGGAGGUGAGGCUGCCAACAGAAGCUAGUUUCUUGGGAAAAUCCAAGUCACAGUGGAGUGCUUUAGGAGACCCUAGGCUUGGAAACACCGAUAGUCAGCCAGUAGCUCUGGAGGAUGCUGAGUUAGGGCUGUUAUGUCUAUUUGGGAAAGGCAUCUUUUUUGCAGCUUUGAUGCUUUUAUGUCCAAUUCCAGAGCUGCUUCCACUGAAUGCCAGACUUAAAAUCAACCAACCAUCUGAUCUCUAUUCCCCACCCCACCGCCAGUAAUUAUUUACAUUAUAAAUAAGAGCCCCUCCCUCCAUGGUUGCAUUCACUGUAUUUAUAGAUGAACUACUUGAGGGUUGAGGGGCUCUAAGGAGCCCUGGUGGCACAGUGGUUAAGCGCUCAGCUGCUAACCGAAAGGCCUGCUAACUGAAAGGUUUGAUGGUUUGAACCCACCCAGCUGCUCCUCGGGAGAAAAAACCUGGCAAUCUACUCCCAUAAAGAUUAAACAAUCAAACAAAAAAUAAACCCCGUUGCUGUCAAGUCGAUUCUGACUCAUAGUGACCCUAAUAGGCCAGGGUAGAACUGCCCCCAGAGGGUUUCCAAUGUUGUAAUUUUUACAGAAGCAGAUGGCCAGGUCUUUUCUCCCAUAGAGCCGCUGGGUGGGUUCGAACCACCAACCUUUGGGUUAGCAGCUGAGUGCUUAACCACUGCACUGCCAGGGCUUCUUUCGUAAAGGUUAAGCCUAGGAAACCCCAUGGGGCAGUUCUACCCUGUCCUAUAGGGUCGCUAUGAGUAGACAUCAAUUCAAUGGCACCCAACAACAAGUAUUAUAAAAUCAUUAGAGCCAUACAGCCUUUGCCAGACCUUUGGAGAUGAGGCUAAAUCAGGAAUUUUAUAUAAAGGGGGAGAGACAGGUAUGUUCCACUUUUUCCAUAAGGGAAACCUGAGGCCAAGAGAAGUUAAAGGACUGGCCAGAGGCCCCACUGCUGUUUUUAUGGCAGAAGCCAAGCUAAAUUCCAUAUCUCCUGACUCACUGUACAAAGGCAGUCAAUCUGUUCGUAUCUUUCUUGGAGACAAGGCCUUUGGCGUUUGGAGAAACAGAAUAGUCAGUAUUAGAGGGCCCUUCCGCUGCUGCUUCCCCCCGCCCACCCGCCCCAAC